UCUUACUGGAUGCGGGGAGUUAAAGAUCAAGAAUCCCCCAAUGCACCACUGAGUUCUUCUUAUGAUCCCCCUUCGGGGUACCGAGAGCCCGAUUCCUUGAAGUUCCCCUCGACAAAUGGGCUUCGAAUUCGGUCCUCAACGAGGGAAAGUAAGAGGAAACGGCAGAGUAGAGAGGAGAGGAGGAUGGUUGACCGGGAGUAUGAUAUUGUUUUGGUUCCUUCUGAUGGAGGAUGCUUAUCGGGUUCGGAGUCUGAGGAUUCGGAUUGGUCUGUGGGGUGGUUGGAAUCUCAUGGGUCCGGCUUUGAUGGUGAUGCCGAGAAUAGCUUUGCAGUCUUGGUGCCUUGUUAUGGGAGAGGGAGGAGUGAGAGGGUGGACAAGGUGAAAAGUGAUGUCUUGGGCGCAGCUCAUCAGCCAAAGGUGUUCUCUUCUGGCAAGGAGGAUUACAUUGAAUGGUGGCUCUCUUCUCUCUAGAAUGCGUGACUCAUGAAGUCUGUUCUAACUGAUUCUGUAAGAUUGGUCUUGUACAUAUGUUUCCUUCUUGCCAAAUAUUAGAUAGGGUUAUACAGCACAAAACCCCAAAAAAAGAAGAAAAAAAAGGAACGAUUUUUUAAAAGAAAAUGUUGGAGUGAGAUGGGAUAUUUUUUAUUGCGUAACCUGUUAAAGGUUAUAGACUAUGAUUGCUUUGCUUGGGGUUAUGGAUUGAAGAGGCCAAUUGGCUUUGUUUAUUAUCCUCCCCUUCUUUUCUGUCUUGAAAAAAAAUGUACAUAUCAAAAGAAUAUUCUUGUGUAAUUAUAUCAAUGUACAAAUGCUGGAAGCAUCUUUUGCCCAGUUUUGCUGCAAAUAUCUUUGAAAACCCAAACUUGCUAGCAGUGUCAAUGAUUUCUUCUCUCUUUUCUUGAUUUGCUUUAUUGCAAUCUACGUUAUGUAGUGAGAAUUAGAGGUAGUGCAAAGUGCAAACCACGUAUCAUGUACCCUCUGAAGGAAUCACACUUCUGGCAUCUAGCUGUUUUAAUAUCUGUGAGGUAUAUUUGUUUGUUUUUUGUGUAAAGAUUUAUUUAUUUAUUGUUACUUAUCGAUACUCUAUGGUUGGAUGAUUUUGUUUGUCGGAUCAGAUAAUUGGUAAAGAGAGGACUUAAUUAUUUAUUGCUAUUGAUAUUCUAUAGUUCGAUGAUUAGAAUGCAGGAGAUAAUGGUGAGAAACUUUGUUUAAGCAAUUCAAAAUGGACGCUUUAUGAUCGGAGGACCAAAGUAUAUAUCUCUUUCUAAAGUAAGAAGCAUUGCCGCAACCUUAGGAGCGACAAUUUUUUCUUUUUAGUAGUAACCUUCAGGGUUUGCUUGGAUGCUUGGUUAAACAAGAACCAGAACAAAUCUCUGGUUGUAUUUGUAGCCAAAAUUUGGAUAUAUCACAAACAAAAUUGGGGCACUCUCUAAUAUUUGCGGGCUGUAGUUUGAGGGUGGAUAUGCAAUAGUUUCAAUACUCAAGCUGAAUUUGACGAAUCGUAUAUAAAUAGAAACCAUGUU